AUGUCGGCGCCUUCCGAUGUGAAGUUGACCCUGGAGCGAACCAGCUCCACGCUGCUUUCGCAGAUAGAGGCUCUGGAGAAGAGGACCUCCGAAUUGAAGAGAAGUCGUGAAGCUUUGGAGGCAUCCCAUAAGAAACAACAGGAACAGAGCAGGCAUGAUGAUGGCGAUGAUGACCUGGCUGCGGAUGCAAGGCAGACGCAAACGAAGCUGGACGAUUCAUCAGUUGGUAAAACAGAAGGAGAGGAAGACGAAGACAGAAACAAACUUCCACAAGUCCUUGGAGAUGAAAGCAAGCAGGCCAUUUUGGUCGAUCCCCGCCGGUGGGCACGGGAGCGCUUGGCCACUGCUUUACGGGAACAAGGUGAGGAGCUAGAACAGAGUUUCAAGCCAAAAAACUCUAGUCCACCUGCCUCCACAGCAAAUGCGCCAGAAGGGCAGCCGCCAGCAUCCGCGACCUCUCCAGCGACCGUGCCCCCGAAAUUGAACGCCAUUGGAGGUGAAGCUGACGGCAUUGCGAAGGCGAACGCCCCUGGCACAUUGGCCAAAGCCAGUGGCAUGAUGAAGGGCAGCAUGCCCAUUCCUAGCAGCAUGGGUGCCGUGGCCAAGGGCGCACCUCCACUUGGUGCAGGGCCGCCGGUUAUGCCAGCAACCUCGUCUGGCUUACCGAUGGCCGCCAAGCUCCCCUCCGGUGCACCCGGGCCAAAUGGUGCUGCUUUGCCAAAGGGAUUUGUGCCAAAGAUGCCAGCUAUGGCCGGGCUGGACAUGGGAUGCAGUGGGACAUCUAUGCCCUGCAUGGGUGGUUGUCUGGGUGGGGGUGGAGGGGGCAUGGGGAUGUCUGGCCCACUCGGCAUGGGUGGCGGCUUAUGUCCUCCAGGGCCAACGGGCCCCGGCGUGGGGCCAGCGAGCGGAGGCAGCCCUGAUGGAGAGAGCGACGAAGUGCAGCAGCAAAUGAUGCUGCAGAUGCAAAUGCAAAUGCAAAUGAUGAUGAUGGGUGCUAUGAUGGGAUCCAUGUUGGGUGAGAAUGACGAUAAGAAAAAGGGCAAGAAAAGAAAGAAAGACAAAGCACUGGACUUGAUUGACGGGGACGACUUGCCGCCUGGCCCUUCCAGCGACAUGAAUCACCCCAGCUACAGACCGGCAGAUAUGGAGCACAUACCUGGCAUCACAGACAGGAGAUUUGAAGGGCGCAUCACGAUGUGGCUCGAGGACAAAGGCUAUGGCUUCAUUGGCAAUGAGGAUCUGAAGCAGAAGUUCAAUGGCAUGGAUGUUUUCCUGCAAACGAACCAGAAGAGACAUUUCAAUCAAGGUGAUCAAGUAGUAUUUAGCGUCUUUAAGAAUUAUCGAGGUCAGCCCCAAGCGACCGAACUCAGGGCAAGCAGAGCUUCCCUUGGAUAG